AUGGCGCCUGAGAAAGUCGUCCCGACCACCCGUGAGCUCGAGGCAUUCGACUUGAACGAUGCCCAUACUAUCGAGCUCAUCAACGCUGCGCAAGAGAGUGACGCUGCUGACAGAAGGCUCACCGUGCGUCAAGCUUUGAAGAAAUACAAAAAGGCCGUUUUCUGGGCCCUGUUUCUAUCCACCAGUCUCAUCAUGGAAGGAUACGAUUUAGUCAUUAUCACUUCUUUCUACGGCCAAACCCAAUUCCGGGAGCGCUUUGGGGUAUACGAUGAGAUUACAGGAAGGAAGCAGAUCACUCCUGCUUGGCAAUCCAGCCUGUCUAACUCAUCUCUUGUGGGCCAACUGGCUGGUCUUAUGGUGAAUGGAUACUUCCAAGAUCGAUUCGGUGCCCGCAUGACCAUGAUGAUUUUCAUGGGGUGGAUGGCCGCGGUGAUUGCUAUUCCCUGCUUUGCGCCGUCGUUGCCGAUUCUCGCCUGGGGAGAAGCCAUGUGUGGUGUCUCGUGGGGUGUAUUCCAAACUCUCACCACGACCUACGCUUCCGAAGUCGUUCCCACCGUCCUCAGGCCCUACGUUACCGCUUACGUAUGCAUGUGCUGGGGCGCAGGCAUCCUCCUCUCCUCUGGCGUAGUACGAGCCGUAUCAAGCAUCGAGGGGGACCUUGGCUGGCGGCUUCCAUUUCUCCUCCAAUGGAUUUGGCCGCUUCCUCUUUUUAUCGGUGCUUACUACGCCCCUGAAUCGCCCUGGAACGCAGUCAGACGUGGCAAGGUUGACAUGGCCAAAAGGAGUCUAAUGCGCCUUCGCCAAGAUACACCACAGCGAGAAGCUGAGGUGGAAUCUACCCUUGCUUAUAUCAGACACACAACGGCGUUGGAAGAGGCGGAGACGGUGAACGCGAGUUUUCUUGAAUGCUUCCGCGGGACCAACUUGCGACGAACAGAGAUCAAUUGUGUUGUUUGGGCAGCCCAAAUCCUCGGUGGAAACGCACUGGUUGCUUACGCGGUCACGUUUCUGCAGUCGGCGGGUUUCUCCGAAAUCCAAUCUCUCAAUCUCAACAUUUCCCUUUCGGCCUGCUACGUUAUUGGCGGUAUUAUUUGUUGGUUUCUUUUCCCGCAUGUUGGCCGGGCUACCCUUUACAUGACAGGCCUUACUUUCCUUUUUGUUUGCGGCGUGGUUAUUGGUGGUCUUGGGUUUUCUGAUGCCAAGCAAGCCCAGAUUGCUAUUGGAGUUAUAAUGAUCAUGUCGAAUCUUUGCAACAUGAUCACUGUAGGACCGGUUUGUUACGCUAUUGUGGCGGAGACACCGUCCGGGAGAUUGAGAUAUAAGACGAUUACUAUCGGCAGGUUUGUCUACAAUCUCACUGGACUCGUCGAGCAUACCAUCACGCCACGCAUGAUUUCUCCCCUGGGAUGGAACUGGGGAGCGAAAGCUGGGCUAUUCUACGCUGGCACGAACCUUCUGUGUAACAUCUGGUGCUGGUUCCGCCUUCCCGAGACCAAGGAUCGCACCUUUGGCGAGAUCGACGUGCUUUUCGAUAACCACAUUUCAGCCAGAAAGUUCAAGUACACCGAAGUUGACCAAUUUGCUCAGCAAAGUGACUACUUGAAGAAGGAAGAUAUGGCUUGA